AUGGAAGGAACAUUGAACAAUAUACUUAUGAUCAUUUCCACUGGAGAAUUCUUACUGGGUAUUUUGGGAAAUGGAUUCAUUGUUCUGGUUAACUGUAUUGAUUGGAUCAGGAGCAGGAAGUUCUCACUGAUUGACUUUAUUUUCACCUGCUUGGCUACUUCCAGAAUAUUUGUGUUGUGCAUGAUGAUUUCAAGUGCAGGUUUAUAUGUCAUCUCUGAGGAAACAUGGUGCAACAAGAAUGUCCUGAUAAAUUUGGGGUUCCUCUGGACAGGAUCCAAUUAUUUCUCCAUAGCCUGCACCACCUGCAUCAGUGUCUUCUAUCUCCUCAGAAUAGCCAACUUUUCAAAUUUCCUUUUCCUCUGGAUGAAAUGGAGAAUUCACAAGGUUCUUCUCAUUAUUACACUGGGGGCUGUCUUGUCUUUAUGCUUGUGCCUUCUUCAGAAGGAUACGGUAGUUGAAAUCCUGCUCCAAAACCAGGUAAACAGUGAAAAAAAUGUGACAUUGGACUUUCUAAUGAUAAAAUACAAUUUGUUCCUUACCAUAAUGUUCCUCAUCCCCUUUGUAGUGUCCCUGGCCUCCUUUCUCCUUUUAAUCCUCUCCUUAUGUGGUCACCUCAGGCGUAUGAAGGGUGCGGACUGUAGCACAGAGGCUCAUGUGAGAGCCUUGAAGUCUAUGAUUUCAUUCCUCCUCCUCUUCGUUAUAUACUAUUUGGGCAAUCUUGUGACAGUGUGGGCCAAUCACGUUCUAGGUAGUUUUGUGGCAAAGAUUUUUGUGAACAUGCUAUUAUUUUUCUGUCCUUCUGGCCAUCCUUUUCUUCUGAUUUUAUGGAACAGCAAAUUGAGACAGGCUUCACUCUAUGUCCUAAGGAAGCUGAAGGGUUACAUGAAUCUAAGAAAACCUCCUCUUCCAAAAAUAAGCCUGAAGCGAUGA